GUACACUACAAAAAUGUCAUUGAAGAACAGAUAAAGAAAGAGACAGCAGGUUUAUUAGAUUGUAGAAGGCGCUGUGUGAUGUCAUUUGGAUGAGCGGUUCAGAGUGCGAGCAGCAAUACCGGAUGCCAAGCAACAGCCACGUUUUGAACUGACAUUGCACUGUUUAUUUUUAAGCCUACAGUCUAUGUUCCUUCUGGUCAUGCAGCUGGUGAUCCGCCGGUACCAUCCCUCAGACAAGGACCCAGUACUCGCCCUGUUCAGAAUCGGCAUCCUGGAGCACAUCGGUCCAUGUUUUCACAACACCAUGACCAGCCCUCUCUACCUCACCAUCACCCUGGCUCUGGGUGUCACUGGCUACCUGCUGGGCUCCGUGUUAGGGGCUGUGGUGUUACCGGGAGCCUGGGUGGGCCUCGUCUUCUACUGCUGUCAUGAGCAAUAUGCCAUCUACGUCAGGGAGAAACUCCGGACAGACAUGCAGGACAUCCCUGGGAACUAUCUGAGCAGACCGGAUGACUGUUUCUGGGUGGCAGAGGCUGAGGUUGAUGGGAGGGCCCAGAUCGUAGGUAUGGUGGCUGUAGUGGCCAAACAAAGUGGAAAAGAAAGACAUGGGGAACUGUUCAGGAUGGUAAUCUCACCAUUGUGCAGACGGGUAGGCCUGGGCUUCAGGAUGGCUCAGACUGUGAUUGACUUCUGUAAGGAACGAGGCUUCUCCAAGGUGGUUCUGAAAACCACCUCGGUGCAGACCGCUGCUGUGGCCCUGUACAAGAAACUGGGGUUCAUCUACGUCUUCUCACACACCGAAACACAGGCUCCUCUGUGGAUUGUAACGCUGGCCAAGGUGACGGUUUUACAGUUGGAAAAACACCUGUAGACCUGAAAUAAUCCGGAUCAGCUACUGUGAUGUUCCUGUUAAGUUCAUCUGUAUCAGUGCUUGUCUUUUGGUCAAAUUUGACCCGUUUUUAAAGUUUUUUUAUCAGAAAUAAUCUUACAAACAGCAGCUGCGAACUACUUCAUGUAAUGGAUAAUUGUUGUAUAAUACUGAAAUUGGAAUUGGGCAGUGGAUCAUUAGGAUUAUAAGCAGAUGAACACAAACACGUGUACACACACACACGUGUACACACACAUUCCCUCACACACACACCUGGCGCAUGGGGUAAUGGAUCACGCUACUGUACUUUACACACACACACACGCAUGCGUGCACACACAAGACCACACACACACAAAAACAGCUGAGAUCUGCAAUAUAUCACUAUUGUGCUUUCCUGACAUAAAUAUGCACACAAAUGCACAUGUGCGCACACACACCAUUUUUUUACUACAGUUGCAUCAGUUAACUUUGACUUGGGGAUAUCCUGGCUAGUAAGAGUCACAACCAGACAUUAAUCCAAAACAACUAAUGAUUUCUCCUCAUGUUACUCAGAAAUUAGAUAUAAUUUAAUGUAAAUUAGGUCUGUUGACCUGGAAUGGAAAAAAAUAAGUGUAAAACUAGUUGGAAUAAAGUUGGAUAAAAGUGUUUACACAGAAUUGAGUGAUAAAGUAUAAUUUUCUAUGCUUUAUAAACAAGCAAAUCAGACCCGGUCACUAUUGACCCAGGAAGACAACCAGU